AUGGGGACAAGCCACAGCGGCAGAAACCUCAAGCACGAGUCUGUUACCGAGCGCCUCAAGAAGAUUCCGAAGACCCAGCGUACAACAUUCCGCUCGAUCGCAGCCGCCAUGAACAUGUCGCGAUCCACCCUUCACGACUACUACAAGUGCGACAUCUUUGAAAAGAACACGAGCACAGUGUGCCCACUACUCACCGAUGCGAUCAAGGCAGUGCGCGUCCAGUAG